CUUUUAAGAACAGCUAAAUUAAAACUAUGCAGAAUUAGCUCGAACAACUAGAUGUUCCAAGAGGAUAAUCUUUUACAUUUGAUUCUAAUCGACCAUUUAUUUAUUACUAUUCUGUUGCCAAACCAAUACAAGAUAAUAUAGUUGAUGACUUAGUGGUUUGUUGUUAAAUAAGAACUUUUUUAAUAAAAUAGUUGCCCAAAGUUUGGUUUUUGAUGGCUGGUACAACUGCUCACAUUCUAGUAGAAAAACAGCCAAAGUUUGUGACUCAAAAUUUUAUUUUAGACAUCUUCAUCUAUAGUUGGUUAUCUGAUGGAAUGCCUAACUUAAAAAAGGAAUUAAUAAACAGAUUAAGUAAACUAAUAGUGGAAAAUGAGAAAUUAGAUAGACUCAUUGAUAUUUUUACAUAAGAAAUGGUCUCAAUUUAAGACGAGUUUUCAAAAUUUCAUAAGUCAGAAUAUCUUCUCAAUUAUAACGAUAGCUGUGUACAACCUUUAAUAGUAUUUCGAGAAAAAGGGAAAAAUGAGAAUUAAUCAUUAAUCAAACGAAUCGAUGAAUUAAAUAUUGAUGACGAUAGUAGAGAUUCAACAUUGUCAUCUUCUUAAAUUUCAUAAACUUUUACCAACAAAGAUAUUGAUAGAAGCAAAUCUGAUGUGAGAGAAGUAACAGCAGCACUUUAAAAUAGUAAAAUGAGAAAAUUUACAAAGUAAAUGGAAAAAAUGACACAAAAUGUUUUUGCUGAAUUAAUUAAAUAUAAUUCAUAAGACUAAUAAUGGUAAAUAGCUAGAUAGUUUGUUGUCAUUAUUUUAGAAACUAGCGUUUAGUCUGAUGAUUAUUUAAAAACAACUGAAAAAGUUAGAUUUCUAUAACCUGCUUUGCUCUUUUAUAAAAAAGCAUUACAGGUUUGGAUCUUAGCAAAAUUUUCUAUUUAAUAAUCAAAUUAAACAACCAAAAACGCAUAAGAAAAUAAAGUAAAAAAUUAAAAUAAUUUUAAAGAUGAAGUUCUCUCAAUUUUUAUGCAAAGCAAAAAACUUUAUGGGAAAAUUUUGGAAUGAAAAAUUAGUUAUUCCUCUUCAUACUGUAUUUCAAAUUGCAGAAUAGACAUACCCUGAAGUUUAAUAGGAAAAAAACUUAAUCGAAGUACAUCUAAUUUUAAUUAAUUUAGUAAAUGAAAAAAUUUUCUAUUUUAUUAAAAGAAAAAUUAGGAGCAUUAUGGGACCAAAAUCUGGCUCAAUGCACAAAACAGCUUAUUUAAUAAUAAUGA